ACUUGGAGACUGCAAGAAAAUGAUUACGGAGACAGGAAAACUGCGUGUUCGAAUGGCACAUGAUGAGAUUUUUCAUUGCCACAUUUUGGUGUUUGCAACAGGAAACAAACACAAUUACCAAGGGGAGAGUAUCCGUGUCGAUUGCGUUGAAAAUAAACAAGUGGAAGAAACCAUUGAAAAACUAAGGCAUAACAGUUAUGGGUUCGUUGAGCUCACAAAGUGUCGUUCACCACCUAUAUUCAUUGAGGACGGAGAAAGGAUACGCAUAAGUUUGCGUGGAGGAAUGAAGCUUCCCGUCGGUUUUAGGAAAGACCAGAUGAUCAUUACUUUCCUUCGUGAAGGGUUUCACAAGCACAUCGUGUUUCCAGUAGAGACCCACUUUGGAAACAGACCCACAAGCUUAGGUUAUUUGGACUUCAAUCGAAUGGACGGACAAAAAGAAAUGAUUUACGAAACAUUUUUUGACGUCGACUUUCCAUUUAAAAAGAUGGCACUGGAUGCCAAUUCAGUAUCUCCAUCUCCGACACCAUUUGGAUCAGGGUUUCAUUUAACAAGUCCAAGACAAGCUUCAUCUCCUGAGGACCAACCCUCUACGCCACCAUAUAUCAUGGAUAAGAUCAUCGGUACUUUGACAAAUAUGCUGCCACCUAAUGAAUGGAAAUUCAUAUUGAGAGCAAUAAUUGAUGACAGUUGUGUUGAAGCCGACAAUAUAAUCUCGGAAGCAGAGCUGAACAAUAAAGGAAACGUGAAGGAGGCCAUAUACCAAUCGCUGAGGACAUGGGCGCAAAAGACAAACCUCAGCUCCCCAAAUCAGAAGUUUGAUGCAAUUAUCCAAGGAUUAGAAAAUGAAAAUUAUGUCGAAAUUGCAUCCCGAUUGAAGGCUCAAUAUGAAAGAGAUGGUAUUUGACUCCCUUCAAAUAAACAAUAGCUACAUUGUCUUAUUUAGUGUGGAGUUUCUCGCAUACUUAUGUCUCUGAUUUCAGACCAUAACCAUACAAACCGUCGCCGUUCCUGUAAUAGCAGACUAUUCUGUUUGAAUGUUCGGAUCUCUCUGAUUUUAUCAAUCACAUUUUGUUUGCAAAUAAUUUUUCCAAUUACCUCUACGGAGAAGAUAACAUCACAGACAGCAGGUAACAAAUCUCUGCGUAUGAAGUACGCUUGCGAACCAAUCAAAGAAGACAGACUAUUUAUAUCCAUGUGCAAAUCCCACGAUAUGGCUAGUACAGCGACCAAUUAUAAUGCUACCAUCCGGGGAUGAUAGGGAAAAAGAAAACAAAAAGUAUAAAUAUAUAUGUAUGUCAUGCGCCAACUCAUUGCACGCUAUUUUAUUAUAUUCAUAUUUUGAUGGGAAAGGUACGAUGUAAGCUAACUAGACUCUAGACUGAUGUAUCUUAAACAGUUUGUAUGAUAAAAUGUAUGAUGAUAGUACGUUCUUUGUAUGAUAAAAUGUAUGAUGAGAGUAACGUACUAAGUCAGUAAAUGAUAACAAUCUCUUGAGAGGUGAUGAAUUUUUGAAGUUGAUCUGAUGUAAGAGUGUCCUCCAUCCAAAAUUUUAACCAGCAAUCUUAAACCGAUAUGUACAGAGACGGAUCAUAAUUGUUGAUUAUAACAAUUGGUAACCGAUCGUAUCCUGUGAAAUUUUGCAGCUGUAUUUGAAACUGUCGGAUAUCAGCGUUGCUAGUGAGGAAUUUUUGUUCAGAACUGUAGCAAAGUCUAGAGAAUAAUGCAUUCUUAGGAAGGAGAACAAACCGUUACUAUAUACCUGAUUAUGGGAAUGCUUCAUAUAUUUUUUACCCAAGUUGUGGUUGACAUAUUUGAAUUCGUUUACACAGUUUAAGAACUGGAAUAGCGAGUGCUGCUGCUUCAGGAGGAAUUCCGGACAAAACUUAAAACGUCAUGGUCGAUGACCCUCUGAGAAGGCUUAGGAUGGAUGAUUAUCGAAAAAAAAUGUUGUGAGUUUUAGCUGAGUUUGUCAGCUAAUAAGACAUUUUUCAAGUGGGUGAAGGACAUACAGUGCUAGCAUUAAGUAGUGCUAAUUGAAGGUUAAACUUUUCUACUCUAAAGUCAUUCGCUAAUGGUAUUUUGCAACUUGAUAAAUGGAUAUACAUGUAUAUAAUUGUCAUUACAUCAGCAUGUUGGUAUUUUUCAUAUAUGUCCCGUUCUUUAGACCCAGGCCGGCGCACUGUGAACAACUUAUUGGUGUUUGUUGUUGCCACCUGGAUGUGGGUCAUUAGAUAAAUCAUAUUUCACGCGGAUGACUAGGAGGAAUUAGCGCGACAUUGUUUUUUUAGGUAGCAGUGUAAAGUAAAAAUGCCCAAUUCUGAAAAAUAUGGCACAUGUUUUAAAUAUGUGAACUUUGCCAGUUAACCCUACAUAUCACCUCUAAUAAAGUAUAUACAUUAUA